GGAGAGGAGGGCAGGACUGGCAGGGUGCGGUCUGAAAUGGUAACAGCUCGUCGUGGAUCACUCAAGUGGUGUGGAUUCAAGUGGAAAGCUGCAGCCUGUUGCGCGCAGUCCUCUCACUGCAGGGAGCAUCAAAAAGCUUACAAUCCACGGGGGAUGGUGUGACACUUUCCGCGGAGCAAAAGAAGAGACAGAGGGACCGCCACAUUAAAAACGUGGACGCGCAGUUACUGCUGUUUUCUCUCUCUCUCUCUCUCUUUCUCGCUCUCUCUCUCACCCACCUCAUCGACUUUGAACCUGUUUGUUUAAAUCCACGGACUUUACAGUUGCGCAGUGCGCACUCAACGUCGAUUCUCCAGGGCAGAGCCUGCGAACAUUCCCAUUUAAGUGGACUUUUAUGGUGCCCUGAUGCUGAGGUGCCAGCUGGAGUAGCGCGAUUUGGGGGACAAACUGCAAUCGGAUGUCCCGGACCAUGGACUCGACAGGUGAACCGGAGACGCACUGAAGACGCAAAUCUCCCUCGGGAGAGUGCUCCCUCCUCCCGGGGCGAUGCGGACCCCUUUCCUCCUUCUUACCGCCUCUCUGUGGGCCAUGGUGCUCCUCCUCGCACCUGCCUCGGAGGGCUGCGGACCGGGGAGGGGUUACGGCAAGAGGCGGCUUCCGAAGAAGCUCAUCCCGCUGGCCUAUAAGCAAUUCAGCCCGAAUGUGGCCGAGAAGACGCUUGGGGCGAGCGGGCGCCCCGAGGGGAAAAUUACGCGCAACUCGGAGCGCUUCAAGGAGCUGACACCCAACUACAACACUGAUAUCAUCUUCAAGGAUGAGGAGGACACGGGCGCAGACAGGCUCAUGACCCAGCGCUGUAAAGACAAGUUGAACUCCCUGGCCAUUUCUGUGAUGAACAUGUGGCAUGGUGUGAAGCUGAGAGUGACAGAAGGCUGGGAUGAGGACGGCCAUCACUCGGAGGACUCGCUGCACUAUGAGGGACGUGCUGUGGACAUCACCACCUCAGACAGAGACCGAAACAAGUACGCCAUGUUGGCUCGGCUCGCUGUCGAAGCUGGAUUUGACUGGGUCUACUAUGAAUCCAAAGCCCAUAUUCAUUGUAGCGUCAAGUCAGAACAUUCUGUCGCAGCCAAAACUGGCGGUUGUUUCCCAGGCGAUGCUCAAGUUACCCUCGAGGGCGGAGUCACCAAACAGAUGCGUGACCUUCAUCCCGGUGACCGCGUUUUAGCUUCCUCCACAACCGACGGCUUUGGCUCACUUCUCUACAGUCCGGUACUCUCCUUUUUGGAUCUCCAGACUAACGUCACAAAGAUCUUCACCCUCAUUGGAACCAACACUGGACUUAAUAUAACGCUCACGGCGGCGCAUCUCAUCUUUGUCACUGACUGUGUGGACGGACUCAACAAAGAUGACGUAAGGACAACUUUUGCCAGUGAGGUGAAGCCGGGUCAGUGUAUUCUGACCUCGCAAGGAACUGAGACGACUCAAGCUGUCGUGACUUUUGUCGAGGAGAGGCAAAGCACUGGCUUGUAUGCCCCACUGACCCAGCACGGGUCUAUAGUAGUGAACAGCGUUUUGGCAUCCUGUUACGCUGCUGUGGACAAUCAUCAUUUGGCCCACUGGGUUCUAGCUCCGCUGCGUCUCGUCCGCACCCUCAUGGGCCCUGCUGAACAACAAACUGAUGGAGUGCAUUGGUACGCCUGGCUUCUACAGAGAGUUGGGGAAACGCUACUGGGCCCCAAAUACUUCCACCCUUUGGGAACUGAGCGAGGACUCUGACAGAAGAAAUAGUAUGUUGACAUCAGCUUGUAUUUAAGAACCAAAAUAGUGGAUGUGUUGGGAAACAUCUUGAGCAACUAACUAAUAGUCUAAAGCAGUAUAAUGGUGGUCUCUCUGCACUCCAAAAUCUUGUGUUAUCAAUCCUAUCAAUCAUUACUCCAUAUGGUGUCAGAAUUCAGUUUUCAUUCUGUCAUUCAGUUUUACCUUCGAGCACCUUAGCAUUUAAAACGACUGACGUGUUAAUGUUCCGUUUUGAAAACAGAACAGUCAAGAGGUUUGGGAGUCGGAAGGCAAAUCAUAGAUUAACACGUUCUGAGUCUCAGUUUUCCGGUCAGUAGUAUCUUACCAAAAUACAUUUGACUCAGGCUGUAUUAAACUACUGUAUAAUUCGAGCUGUUUAUAUAUUAUGCUCCAUAGCCGUUAUUUCCUUGUAGUUCCUUGUACUUGAUAACUUUCCUUUGCAUGACCGUUUUCAUUGCAUCCAUAGAUUCCAAACCAACUCCUGGCAAACAUGUAUCGAAUCCAUGUUUUAACUGAAUGACGUUUUCUAACUAGCUUUUGAUGCAAAUGCUUCAUGGAGAAAAAUAUUUUUUUUUUUUAGUAUUUUCAUGAAGACACUUUGCGGUAUAGUGUUUACCGAUACGCAAAGAUUUGUCAAAUGUGUAUAUUAAGCUAUUUUCUGAGAAAUUAUUUAAAGAUCUAUUUUUAAGAAUGUAAAUGUAUUUUUGGGAAGGGGGUAACAUCGUGCAUUCAUUUGUUUUAUAUUUAACAUAAAGUUAUUACAAACAAGAAUAUGUUUUCUUUACAAGCAAAAUGAGAUUUAAGUGAUAAAGCAUGACGAAAAUCACUAUGAGUAACUCCAUGUAAUGCCGCAGGUAAACUGCUUGUUAAUAGAAUGUAUUGACACUUUAAGCACAACGGGUAAAUAAACGAGCAGGUGAUAAUGAGA